GUGUCAAUGUGUCAGUUGACUCUAUAUAUAUAUAAGAAAGACACACUCCCUCGUUUGUUUCAAUUGAAUUACACAUUUUGAAAAGAGAAUUUCAGCAACAAUUUGGUAACAGGAGAAAAUUCAUUUUUUUUUGGAACGGAAAGAGACAAAAACAAAAUGACAAAGCCAAAAGAAGUAGUACCAGUACCACUUGAUGUGGUUGCUAAUUUGAUCCACGACAUCAAAGUUGGUAAUAUCGAAGGGUCAUACGUUAUAACAACGCAUGCUGUGCAACUAUUUAAGGAAAUUAUUUCGAAAACACAAUGGAAAACCGCAGACGAAUUGAUGAAAUUGAUCCGAGCACAAGGUAGAAUUUUUGUAUCAGCAUUGCCUCAAGAAUCGGUGUUUGCGAAUAUGGCAAGACGCGUAUUAAAAUUGAUACGCGAAGAAUUCGAUGCACUUCAAGCGUCGCAAGUUCCUCUUUCCGACGAACAAGCCACCCUUUCGCUUCAUAAAUUGGUGACACAAACAAGCGAAAGUGAACGGCGUCGUGAUUAUUCAAAACCACAAGAUGGUCUACGGGCCGCCCUAUUGGAUCAUUUACAAGAAAUUGAAACGGAACUCGAAACAAGCUCGGAAAAUCUAUCGGAACAAGCGGCCGAACAUAUUCAUUCGUCGGAAUUAAUAUUGACACUGGGCCAUUCACGAUCGGUGGAAAAUUUCUUAAAAACAGCGGCCAAACAACGAAAAUUUGAAGUUGUCGUUGCCGAAUGUGCGCCAGCAUGUAGAGGACAUGUAUUGGCUGCCUCGUUGGCCAAAUCGAAAAUCGAAACAACUGUCAUUUCGGAUGCGGCUAUUUUUGCCAUGAUGUCACGCGUUAACAAAGUUAUUAUUGGUACACAUAGCGUAUUGGCGAAUGGCGGUUUACGAGCCGCUUGUGGUGCUUUAACUGUUGCAUUGGCCGCAAAACAUUAUUCGGUUCCAGUUAUUGUACUCUGUCCAAUGUACAAAUUGUCACCGGUACAUUUGUGCAGCUACGAACAGGAUGCAUUCAAUUUGGUUGGCUGUACUGAAGGGAUUUUAUCGUACAAUUCAAGCGCAGCACCCUUUGCAAAAGCAUUUAGCCCAAUAUUUGACUAUGUACCACCUGAACUUGUCACCUUAUUCAUUUCGAAUCAAGGAGGGAAUGCACCAUCUUACAUGUAUCGACUGCUUAGUGAACUCUAUCAUCCGGAUGAUUAUGACUUGUAGUUUUAAUUUUGAAUUAUUAUGGCCAAUAAAUUUUCAGAAUAAAAGAAGAAAAUGUACAGAUAA